AAUCCUAAAGUAUGCGAUUCAGGAAACACCCAUUUUUAUCACUUCAAAACAUGAACAAUGAUUGCAGCGCCCUCUGCUGGUCACUCAUUGCCAUGGAUGCUCAUCCAAAGCGAGUUGCGGUGCUUUCAAGUAACCGUUGACACAAACUCCAAGGACUCCAAACCAUGAAGAGCUCAGUUAAACUGAUAGGACUGAUCAUAGCUGUACUCUUUACUGUCAUGUCCAGUGGAGAAGAACUUGCCUUAGAUGACCCACAGCUGACCCAGCAGGAAACUGAAAAAGACCUUAUUGAAGCUAUGACAGCACUUUUAGGAAGAUACCAGAAUCAGAACUAUCCACCAUCAACUGAAAAACGUGGCAUUCCACAGUGUGCUGUGGGGUCACGCUGUGCUUUGAAACUUGGUCCACGCAUUGGGAAACUUUGUGAAUGUGGCAGAGGAUCUAAUUGUAACUCGUUUCUCUUAAAAUGCAUCUGAAUGACUAUAAGGAGCAGCAAAUACCUGUAUUCUUCUUAAAGCUGUAAAGCCAUGUGCAAAUGCUAAAUUGCGAGAGAUAGAGAGUGGAAAUGCAUUUUUCAUCUACAAAAUUUCUUCAACUAUUUAAAUCAGCAUGAAAGCUGUAAUGAAGCAUGUUUUUUAUUUUAAUUUUGUUAUGAGCAUAAA